CUAUGUCGCCACGGGCUCCCCUGAGAAGUUCUCUCCAACUUUGCAGCUGGUGCUACCCAGUUCACACCUCUUUGAGUUAUGAAGCCAUAAAACAGCAGUAUAGACCAGAGGUGCCAGAGUACUUCAACUUUGCAAGAGAUGUGCUAGACAGAUGGACUGAAGUGGAAAAGGAGGGAAAAAAGUCUAAAAACCCCGCAUUAUGGUGGGUAGAUGGUGCCGGAGAAGAGGUGAGGUGGAGCUUUGAGGAGCUGGGAGUGCUAUCCCGGAAAGUGGCAAAUGUACUCUCUGAUGCCUGCGGUCUGCAACAGGGAGACAGAGUUAUUCUGAUUUUGCCCCGGAUCCCGGAGUGGUGGCUGGUGAAUGUGGCUUGCAUGAGAACAGGAACUGUCCUGAUUCCUGGCACACAGCAAUUGACAGCAAAGGACAUUCUUCAUCGACUGCAGAAAUCCAAGGCAAAGUGUAUCAUCACUGAUAAUUCUGUGGCACCAGCUGUAGACUCAGUUGGGGCUGAAUGCCAGUCUCUGAAAUUCAAGUUGCUUGUGUCAGAGGGCCACAGAGAAGGAUGGCUGAACUUUAAAGAUCUCCUGAAAAAUGCUCCUUCUGAUCACCACUGUGUGACCACAAAGUGUCAAGAUCCAAUGGCCAUCUAUUUUACCAGUGGAACUACAGGAUCUCCAAAAAUGGCUGAACAUUCCCACAGCAGCUAUGGUAUUGGCCUCACAGUAAGUGGAAGGUACUGGCUGGACUUGACUUCCUCAGAUAUAUUUUGGAAUACAUCAGACACGGGCUGGGCAAAGUCGGCUUGGAGCAGCAUUUUUUCAUCAUGGAUUCAAGGGGCAUGUGUGUUCGUACAUAAGAUGCCACACUUUGACCCAAGCAUUGUCUUUGAAAGUCUGUCAAGAUUUCCCAUAACCGUCUUCUGUUCUCCUCCAACUGCCUAUCGAAUGUUUGUGCAACAUAAACUGUCCAGCUAUACAUUCAAAAGCCUGCGGCACUGUGUGAGUGCUGGGGAGCCAAUCAACCCUGAUGUGAUGGAAGAAUGGAAAGCGCAGACUGGACUGGAUAUUCAUGAGGGCUAUGGACAGACAGAAACAGUGCUGAUCUGUGGAAAUUUUAAGGGAAUGAAAAUCAAACCUGGCUCUAUGGGAAAGCCGUCUCCAGGGUAUGAUGUCCAGAUUAUAGAUGAAAACAGUAAUAUCCUGCCUCCUGGAAGAGAAGGAGAUAUUGCCAUCAGAGUGAAACCUACGAGAUCACUUUUUCUUUUUACUUGCUAUGCUGAUGAUCCAGAGAAAACAGAGGCAACAAUACGUGGGGAUUUUUAUGUCACUGGAGACAGGGGGAUUAUGGAUGAGGAUGGAUACUUCUGGUUUGUUGGAAGAGCUGAUGAUAUCAUUAAUUCUGCUGGAUACCGUAUUGGACCAUUUGAAGUAGAAAGUGCCCUAGUAGAGCAUCCUGCAGUGGUGGAAUCAGCAGUUGUCAGCAGUCCAGACCCCAUCAGAGGAGAGGUAGUGAAAGCCUUUGUUGUUUUAACAUCUGACUAUGCUUCACAUGACCCAGAAAAAAUGAUGAAAGAGCUACAAGACCAUGUUAAGAAAGUUACUGCUCCAUACAAGUAUCCUAGGAAGAUGGAGUUUGUUCAACAGUUGCCAAAAACUAUUAGUGGGAAGAUCAGAAGAAAUGAACUGCGCCAAAAGGAGUGGAGAAAACAUUAGAAG